GUCUAGUUCAACAUUAUAAAUCAGGCGGUUUGCGAAUAGCUGAGAAACUCAAAUACAAUAUUGAACACAACGACAGGAUGGGACAUAAUUAAGAAAACACAGUGACCGUGGAAAGGUGGAAUUAUGGCUGGGGUGUUCCAUGUUGAAUUUGGAAUUAAUGACACUGACCUGACUGAGGCCCUGGAAGCAACAGAUUAUCCCAAGGCUGAGAGGUUGAUAAAGAACAGAGCUGUCGCUUCUUACCUCGAUGAAGGUUGUUACCAGAGAAUCCCUCUGUUCAUCGUCUUGUGUGGUGGGAAAGAGGAGACGAAUGUGCCUAUGCCUAGAAAUCUGUACUUGGCUCGUCUGCUGAUAGAGUAUGGAGCCAGUGUCAACUACAGGGUGCCCCAGACCUACUUAGGAUGUGAAUACAUGGGGCCAGGGAAAACUGCUCUCUGUCUGCUUGUGGACUUCCAUAUCAACAUAAGCAGAUCUUUACAGGACACCAGUGAUCUCAGGUAUUUAGGGUCUGAUGCAGCUUUUGAUGACCCUUGGCUGCAAUUUAACCCCUAUAAGACUGUAGUUGUGGGACUUAAUAAACAGCUGCUGUACAAGCCACAGGAUAUACUGGAGGACAUUGAGGAUUUGAUCUUUACACUUCUGAGUAAUGGUGCUGACCCUAAUUUGACUGACCGUUUGCGACGCAGCUGCCUGCACAGAACAGCCUUGUUUGGACAGAAGAUGGAGCUGUUAACUCUGCUGGCUGACAAUGGUGCUAACAUCAAUGCUACAGACUGUAACCUCAACACACCAUUGUUGUCCUUGUGUGACAUCACACAUAUACAUAAAAUCGACCAGUUUGCAGAGAAUGACCAGAACUGCUUUAAGUCUUGUUGUCUUUCACCUGAAGAAGCAGCCAAGCCCGUCAUGGUCAAACCAGACUUCCUGCACUACUUCUUGUCCAGAACAGACGUUGAGAUAAAUGCUGUAAAUAGAUUGGCCCAAUCUGCCCUGUUCUUGAGUGUAAUUCGUGGUGAUGCUGAUGCAUGCUGGGAGCUCUUACAGGCCGGGGCUGAUCCCUCACAAAGGGGAUCUGUGUUUCCAUCUCGCUUUGAGAAAUGGACCUUUUCCCCAUUGCUGGUAUCCUUCCUCUCAGUCCCAGUACAGAGAAGUCUGCAGUGGCUCGCUCACAUGGGCGAGAUGCGUGCAGAAGCUCCCAGACGCUUUGCUCAUCUAGUAGAUGCUGAGUUUUUUAACACCAAAGAAAUUGAAGAUGAGCUGAUGGCCAUCAUCUCCGAAUCCUUCCCAGAAUUCCUACAUUUCCAUCCAAUGAGAUCUCAGUUGAUUCCUCUGAUGGCAGGUAGCACCACGGCAACACUUAAACAACUGGCUGCGCGCACAAUCUUCAAACAAACACUGAUUGAAAAUCCAGAGGUGUGCAUGGCAAAACUGCACUCUAACUUGACUCUUCAAGAGGAGUUUACAGGGAAUGGUUUGAGUCAUGACUUGGAUGCCUACGAGAAAUACAUCUUUUGCGCUUUGAGCUCAGUGACACUCAAGAGGUUAACGGAAAGACUCUCUCUACCCAAAAACGCUUUAAUCAAUUUUGAAAUCGAGCUGUUUCUGCGUCGUCUAUCGAUCUUUGUUGGAGCUUGCAAACCUGUCCAGCCAUAUUCUGAGGAUUCUGACAGUUUUGAUUCGGAUCUGGAUUCAAGUUUGGAAGGAGAUUCUGACCUGGAGUACUGGUAACCUUGGAAACAAGUAGAUUAGCUUUUUGUACGUUCUUCCAUCUAAAUGUCAAGCUGUUCAUUUUACUUUUUCUUUCAAUCUCUUAUUGUCUUGUGAAGUAAAUUAGAACCAAGAUCUCCACUAGUCCAAGAUGAGGAAAUGUGGAUUGUGUAAGGUGUCUGACUGGAUUUACUUCAGGGAACAGACCAUUUUGUCUGAGAGGUGUUUCCAGAUGUCAUAACUUUUCUGGAAAUCAGGGAACAAACCAUUUUGUCUGAGAGGUGUUUCCAGAUGUCAUAACUUUUCUGGAAAUCAGGGAACAAACCAUUUUGUCUGAGAGGUGUUUCCAGAUGUCAUAACUUUUCUGGAAAUCAGGGAACAAACCAUUUUCCCUGAGAGGUGUGUCCAGAUGUUAUAAAUGACCAUAUGUCUUUAUAUCCUGGUACUAUUAAGUGACAGGCUAUACACCCCAAUGUACAGAUUUUUAUUAUCCAGAUGUACCAAUGCCCAGGUGUUCAGACUUGGUCAACUGUAUUUUCAUCUGGCAUGUCAGAGACAAGAUGUUGCUUUUUCAACAAAUGGCCUUUUUUUUUUUUUUUAAACAGUUUUGCAUAAUAAAUGGAAAACAGCUUCUAGAGGCCUUCCUUCUGCUUUGAAAGCUGGGUUCUGCAGAAGUCAGGAUUUUUUUUUAUUGGAACAAGGUUAUAAAGUGCAAAAGUUCUGAUAUGUUGGAAAGUACUUUGUCCAGUGCUUGAUGAUGAUUGUGUCAAAUUUACAUGCUAUGCAUGUAUUCCAAAUAGGUGUAACAUGAGCAUUUUUCCAGUGCAUUUACACGAAUACUACAUGCGACAGUAACUGGAGAGUUACUUUCUAACUGUAAAGUUUCACUUUUCAGUAUAUCACUAUCAUUUAACUUUUUGUCACUUUUUCUGCUCUACUUACCUGAGCAGUUACUUGUAUUAUUUCAAUACUUAGAGAUAUUCUAGACUCAUGACAAAAUUAAAAAUUAGUGCUUAAGUUCAAAUAUUCUUUUCCCAUUUUGUUGGAGCAUGGCAUCCAGAUUUUAUAAUUUCUUGAUCUUCCUCAUGUUAAAAAUACUGAUUUGAAUCCAGUUAGUUUUCUUUUUCACUUAUCUACUUGGAGGAGUGGAUGAUUAACUGUCUAAACCUAUCUCCAGGUACCCUGAUUCCCAGUCAUUGUGAUUCCCACUUGUGUAAAUGCCUGAGUGCUUACAAGGUCAAGGUGCUGCCUGACUGAAACACUCUGCAAAGGACAUCAUAGUUAAGAUGUAAAAAAGAUGGCAUGUAUGCUAAUAUAUAAAUUCAGGUAGAUUUAAGUAGGUUGAAGACAGUUUUGAUGCCCCAGUGUCAUCUUCAUAGAGAAAUUACUAUAUUGUGUAAGUUGUUGUUGUUUACGCUGGAUGAUACAAUGUGGUUGUGUAUUUAUUAGUCCUACCAGAAACUUAAGUAUCAUCUUUCAUUGUCUAUGAAUAGUAGCAAUUUUUUCUACAUGUAUCUGGACUUAACUGUGAUAUUUGUCAUACAUAUUCUUAUUGUGUAACUUUAUAGCUUCUAUUGCAAAUCAUUCACUUGUACAUGUACUUUUUACUGAUUUUAUGUACCUUUACUUGUUUGUCUGAUAAUGUCACAAUUAUUGUAUAAAUCCAAAUUUAGCCACUUUUUACAUGUAUUUAUGCAUUCGAUCGAUGUUUUACGCAUUACUCAAGAAUAUUUCACUUACACGAUAGCGGCCAGCAUUAUGGUGGGGGGGAACCAGGCAGAGCCCGGGAGAAACCCACAGCCAUCCACAGGUUGCUAACAGACCUUCCCAUGUCCAGAGAGGAAACCAGCAUAAGCUGGACUUGAACCCACAGCAACCGCAUUGGUGAGAGGGUCAUUACGUUUUACAUGUACAGGGUGUCCCAGAAGUAGCAUACCAUCCAAGUUGAGGUUGAAUGCUUGAGCCACAGAGCGGUAUGUUGCCACAUCUCUUCCAACAUAAAAACCAAUUCAUCUCUUUCUUGUACUGUUAGUUUAUUAGCCAUAAUUAACUCUGAAAGAGAGAAAAAAAAUUUAAAAUCAGUAUUAAAUCUGAAACAAAGAAAAAAAAAAUGAAAAUCACGAUGGCGCAUGACUUCUGGGACACCCUGUAUAAAAGAUACAUGAAUAAAUUUAUCAAAAAUUUUAAACUCAAAGACACAAUCCCUGUGCAUAUACAUGUACAAAUAUACGAAAAGGGUUCUCCUAACUUUCACACAGACUUGUCUGGGUUAAACCUGAGGCUUUCAGUGAAGUUCUGUUGCCAUUUCCUGCCACAAUU